UAACACCACCCACCACCUUGGGCAUGCCUCAGCCGGGCAUGAAUGGGAUGGAGCCUGCGUUUGGCGAGGCGUAUGGGAGCCGUGGCUGUCUCCUCAGCCCCUACCCCCUGGCUGUCUCCCCUCUAGGGGGCAGGACCGAAUAUGACCAGAGCGUGCUCCUGAUGCUGGGCUCUCCAGCGACGCCGCGGAAACGGCCCUUCGAGUUGCUAAGCGACCUGGUGGACGACGGGGGCUUCGGCGAGGAGCUGCACGUGGAGCGUUGGGACGUGUCGGCGCUGGAUGACAUCACGCGCUACACCAAGCUGGGCCUCGGGGGGGAGCUUGCGAGCACCGAGGACGCCGUGCUGAUGGGCCGUUGGAGCGGGACCCGGGAGGAAGAGGAGGAGGAGAGGAGGAAGAGGAAGGCACAGGCCAUAGCUCAGCAGCAGACCUCACAUGUAACCACGAUGAUGAUAACGCAUCUCCACGGAAACGGCAUCACAAUGACCCCCGACCCCUGUCUAGGCCACGCCCAGAGAGGCAGGGUGGUCAGAGAGCAGGUGGGACUUGAUGUUACCAUGGCGAUGGAAAGGGUGACAGAAAAAGGAGGACAGGAUGGGGGGAUGAGGGUUCCUACGGUGGAGGUGUACCAGGUGGCAGAGGAGGAGGAGGUUGCCGCAGCUGUGUUGGCAGCCGCGGAAGUCGUUGCUGCGGUGACGGAGCCGUCUGGGAUUCUUCCGGGGGGGUCAGUGUUGGAACACAACUACUCUCUGACCCAGGGGGGGGAUAGACCCUCGCCCUCCAGCCCCAGCUCUGAGACAGAGACAGAAGAGGAGGUAGAGGGGCAGGAGGAGGGAGAGAGGGAGGAGGAGGAGAGGGAAGAGCAAGAAGGGGUAUUGUUGGAGGAGGAGGAAGAAGAGGAGGAGGAGGAAGGGGAGGACGGAGCAGGGGAUGAGACUGCGGUGGAAGCAGAACUGUCCAGCUCGUCAGAAACAGAAUUUGAGGUGGAACCAGAGCAGGGGGGUGGUCCAGGGGAACGGCCCCAGAAGAGAAGGUGUUUCUGGGAGUACCGCCACGCUCACGCACGGGACUCUGGGAGACAGAAGAAGACUGGAGGGGAGGUCAGAUGGUCCCUCUCCUGGAGAUGGUCCCUCUCCUGGAGCUCUAGCACCCUACCCCUACCUAGUACCCUAUACCGCAGAGAGGGUAAGCACAGCACCCUACACCCUACCUAG